CAAAAGUGAGUGCACCCCUAAGUGAAAAUGUCCAAAUUGGACCAAAUUAGCCAUUUUCUCUCCCCGGUGUCAUGUGACUUGUUAGUGUUACAAGGUCUCAGGUGUGAAUAGGGAGCAGAUGUGUUAAAUUUGGUGUUAUCGCUCUCAAUCUCUCAUACUGGUCACUGGAAGUUCAACAUGGCACCUCAUGGCAAAGAACUCUCUGAGGAUCUGAAAAAAAGAAUUGUUGCUCUACAUAAAGAUGGCGUAGGCUAUAAGAAGAUUGCCAAGACCCUGAAACUGAGCUGCAGGACGUUGGCUAAGACUAUACAGCGGUUUAACAGGACAGGUUUCACUCAGAACAGGCCUCGCCAUGGUCGAACAAAGAAGUUGAGUGCACGUGCUCAGCGUCACAUCCAGAGGUUGUGUUUGGGAAAUAGACGUAUGAGUGCUGCCAACAUUACUGCAGAGGUUGAAGGGGUGGGGGGUCAGCCUGUCAGUGCUCAGACCAUACACCACACACUGCAUCAAACUGGUCUGCAUGGCUGUCAUCCCAGAAGGAAGCCUCUUCUAAAGAUGAUGCACAAGAAAGCCCGCAAACAGUUUGCUGAAGACAAGCAGACUAAGGACAUGGAUUACUGGAACCAUGUUCUGUGGUCUGAUGAGACCAAGAUAAACUUAUUUGGUUCAGAUGGUGUCAAGCAUGUGUGGCGGUGAGGAGUACAAAGACAAGUGUGUCUUGCCUACAGUCAAGCAUGGAGGUGGGAGUGUCAUGGUCUGGGGCUGCAUGAGUGCUGCCGGCACUGGGGAGCUACAGUUCAUUGAGGGAACCAUGAAUGCCAACAUGUACUGUGACAUACUGAAGCAGAGCAUGAUCCCCUCCCUUCGGAGACUGGGUGAUAACGACCCCCAAACACACCUCCAAGACGACCACUGCCUUGCUAAAGAAUGUCUCCAGACCUAAACCCUAUUGAGCAUCUGUGGGGCAUCCUCAAAUGGAAGGUGGAGGAGCGCAAGGUCUCUAACAUCCACCAGCUCUGUGAUGUCGUCAUGGAGGAGUGAAAGAGGACUCCAGUGGCAACCUGUGAAGCUUUGGUGAACUCCAUGCCCAAGAGGGUUAAGGCAGUGCUGGAAAAUAAUGGUGGCCACACAAAAUAUUGACACUUUGGGCCCAAUUUGGACAUUUUCACUUAGGGGUGUACUCACUUUUGUGGCCAGCGGUUUAGACAGUAAUGGCUGUGUGUUGAGUGAUUUUGAGGGGACAGCAAAUUUACACUGUUAUACAAGCUGUACACUCACUACUUUACAUUGUAGCAAAGUGUCAUUUCUUCAGUGUUGUCACAUGAAUAAAAUAUUUACAAAAAUGUGAGGGGUGUAUCAUUUCUGUGAGAUACUGUAUAUAAUGAAAAUGGUUUAGCUGCCAAAAACUGUUGUAAAUAUAAAUUUAAAAACCUGGCAUGAGUUUUUAUUUCUUACAUUCUUAUAAUAUUCAGGGUAUACUGUAAAAAUGAAUGAAAAAUAUUUGCAAUUUCCAACUGGAGUUCCUAAAAAAAAUGCUAAUAUUAAUAAUAAUUAAUAUAAUUUUAUAGUAUUAAUAAUGCAAUAUAUAUACAAAUUUAAAUCCUGAUAUGUUUUUUUUUUUUUUUUAAAUGGUUCAGCUGCCAAAAACUGUUAUAAAUAUAAAUUUUAAAACCUGGCAUAUAUACAUAUAUAUAUAUAUAUAUAUAUAUAUAUAUAUAUAUAGUUUUAUACUAUUAAUAUACUAAAAUUAUGUUUUAUUGUUAUGUUUAUUUUUUUUCUUCUGGGUAUCUGAAGAAUGGCAAAUGGUGUCUGAAGUAUCAUUUUUACAGUGAGGAAUGAGUCUUUUCUUCAACCUAGUUUUUACUUUGCCAAGAUUUGUCAUUUGUAAUCUAUUUCAGAGACCAUAAACAUAUAUGAUUGUCUCUUAUCCAUUAUUCCCUUCUAGAAGACACAUAAAUUGCAAGCAAUUUGGAGGCAGAGCCCAGCAGAUAUUUAUAUAUGUAGUGUCAGCAGGGAAACCCCAUCAGCCACUUACUGUUCAUUCAUAAAAAACGAUUAGCUGGUGUAUUUGAGACGCUUCAUUGCUGAAGGCGUAAACAUAUCAAUACUUUCCCCCCUCUUCUUUUCAUUAGUUACUAUUAAAAGUGCACCUGAAUGGAAAUUUCCCUUCGGAAGAGCUGCAAAGCAUCCUAGCUUACAGAUGUAGCCCUACAAGCGUGUGUCUUCAAACGUCAUAGCAAUAAUGUAGGUUUAUUAUUUUUAAAGGAAGGGUUAACUAAUCGCUCCGAAAGGUUCGUGGUCCGGCCCCGUCGUGAAUCAAUGGGACUUGACCUAUAGCUGAAGACUAAUUCAUUCAACAUUCCCCCACCCUGAUGAUUAUAAAUAUCAAGGACAGACUUCACAGUCUUCACUCUUGAUCUUGCCUCUGAGACUCAACAGCUGAAGAGGACGUCUGACACUAUGAAAGUAAGUCCACAUUCAUGCUCGCAUUCGUCUCGACCACUUUCAGCAGUUAACUUACAAGUAGACAGAGUAAAAAAGACAGAAGUUGAAGUGACUACCACCAGAUACUACUAGUCAUUUUACUAUUAGGAAUCUUGUACUGUCAUAAUUGCAUACAAUAUAAGUAACAUUGAAGAGAAAAGAGGCUUUAUACUGUGUUAUAAAAGGCUAAUUGCAAUGCAGUGCACAUGGAAAAUGAUUAAUUUUAACAUAACUUCACCUUUCCAGGAUUUAAGGACUCUUGCGGCGUACGCACUUGUGCUGUUACUUCUGGCAACAUUCGUGUCCCAUUCCCGGAGUGCGCCCAGGGGCAGUUUUCAGCGUCGGAAUUGGACACCCCAAGCCAUGUUAUAUCUGAAGGGAACACAGGGGCGGCGCUUUGUGUCAGAAGACAGAAAUGAAGGGGACUUGUACGACACAAUACGCUUGGAGUCACGCAGCCAAAAUACAGAAAACCUGAGGAUCUCUAAAGCGGCUGCAUUUCUCUUAAAUGUUCUCCAGCAAGCCAGAGACGAGGAUGAGCCUUACUGAAACCAGCUAAAAGAGCUCGAACAACUCACUCUUACAUCUGAAUCAUGUGGAAUUUAAUGUUUUCAAGUUCAUCCUCAGCUACGAUGAUGCCCGUGUUUUAACUUCUCUGAAAGUUCAUCACUUACUGUUCAACAUUAUUACAAGUAAUGUGGAGUUGAGUUAUGUAUGUUUCCAGAUUAUUUGUAUCAUUCCACUUGGACUUAUUUUGGACUGAUAAUUUAAGUAACAAGGAAUAGAGCAAAGACUGAUUCUUGUUGUUUUAUUUCAGGUGAAAUAAUGGGUUGUUUUUUCAAGACAUAUCAUCUUGGAAAAGAUACUAUUUAUGAUGAUUGAAAUUCUGUGUAAUAUAAAUUAACUGUACAGAUUUUUUCUUUCUUUCAUUUUCUCAUGUUAAAUCAACAUGUGAAUUGAAUUGUCUGUAAAAUACAUAUUUGAGAAUGUGAACUUUUUCUCAAUUAAUUAAACUAAAUUUGCACUGAUAACCACUACCGUGAGUGAGACUUCUUUGGUUGAACUUUAUUUGAAUGCGUCCUUGUUAAAGUGUAAUUAUACCAUUGUGUACAAAGCAAUAUUAAUUAACAACAUAGGAUUAGGGUUUGUUGCUUGUAAUUAGGCAUAAUUUACUGUUAUUACAUGUAACAUACAUAACAAGGACACUAAAAUUGCCAACUUGUUAAUAAAACAUGGGUGGGAUGUUUUACAUUUUGUGCACAUUAAUGUUGCUAUUAAAAUUUUGCUUAUCUUGGUAAUAUGUGACCCUGGACCACAAAACCAGUCAUAAGCAUCAAUUUUUUGAAAUUGAUAUUUAUACAUCAUCUGAAAGCUUUCCAUUGAUGUAUGGUUUGUUAGGAUAGGACAAUAUUUGAAAAUCUGGAAUCUGAGGGUGCAAAAAAAUCUAAAUAUUGAGAAAAUAGCCUUUAAAGUCCUUAGCAAUGCAUAUAUAAAUUUCUGAUAUAUUUAGGGUAGGGGAUUUACAAAAUAUCUUCAUGAAACAUGAUCUUUACUUAAAAUCCUAAUGAUUUUUGGCAUAAAAGAAAAAUCGAUAAUUUUGACCCAUUAAAUGUAUUUUUGGCUAUUGCUACAAAUAUACCUGUGCGACUUAUGACUGGUUCUGUGGUCCAGGGUCACAUAUAUAAAGGUAUGUUAUAGUGAAAAAUGUAAAUCCAUUUUUUUCAACAUUUUCUCUAUUAUAGCGUCAUGGCACCAAUCUACCAAAUUUAGUGGUUAGCUUUAAAAAAUAAAAAAUAAUAA